GUGAUAAUUUAUUAUGACAAUUGAGUGCGAAACUGUCAAGUGAAUGAUUUGGUGAAGAUCAACCUGGCGCAUGAUCUAGAAGUUCUGAUUUUUGUUUACUCAGCUGCAAAUAAAAAACGAUUGGUGUUGGGGUACGUUGGAGAUUUUUGGCGUGAGUAACGAUGACUGUAGACGGACUAUUUGAAACGACCAGCAUCCCAGGGCAUCUCGCUCCCACGCCAGAAAGAUUGGAGCGGCUUCUUUCAAAACAGACUUUAGAUGAAUUGUAUGAAGUCGAGGAACAACCUUUUGCAAGGGGUAAAUAUGCAACAGUGAGAAGAUGCAGAGAAAGAUCAAGUGGCCGUCAGUGGGCUGCCAAGUUUUUGAGAAAGAGACGACGUGCUCAAGAGCUCAGGGCGGAAGCACUUCAUGAAGUUGCUGUACUUGAUGCUGCUGCACAUUGUUCACAAUUAGUUUCACUUCAUCAAGUAUUCGAAACAAACACUGAGAUGGUUCUAGUACUUGAAUUAGCACCUGGUGGUGAAUUACAAAUGGUAUUGGACAGAGACGAAGUACCAGAAGAACGUCAAGUUGUAAGAUUACUCCGACAAAUAUUAGAAGGAAUUGCAUUUCUUCAUUCUCUGAACGUAGCACACCUCGAUAUCAAGCCACAAAAUUUGGUAUUGACUGGGGAAUUUCCCGAUUGUGAUGUUAAAUUAUGUGACUUUGGAAUUUCGAGAUACAUAAGUCAAGGUGCUGACAUACGUGAAAUUUUGGGCACGCCCGAUUAUGUUGCCCCAGAAGUUCUAAAUUAUGAACCAAUAAGUCUCGCAACAGAUAUGUGGUCCGUGGGAGUCCUUCUUUACGUUCUACUGACAGGAUGCUCGCCAUUUGGUGGAGACACGAAGCAGGAAACGUUCUGUAACAUCAGUCGUUGCCGUCUAGACUUCCCGGAUGAUCUCUUUGAGGAUGUAUCCGAAGAAGCACGUGAUCUCAUGCGUAAACUUAUGGUUAAAGAUCCAAGCCAACGGCUAACAGUAACAGAAUGUCUGCAGCAUCCUUGGUUCAGCUUAGCAUCAGCACCAGAGUCACCUCUAUCACCAGCAUCAUCAUCAUCAUCAUCUUCAUCAUCACCAUCAUCGUCAUCAAAACAAAAUUCACAAGAAAACAAAAUUCUUCCACCGGCAGAUCAUCCACGAACAUCAACCCCCGAGCCAUCAUCAUCUCCAGACCCGCCCGAGUCAUCAAAACCAAAAUCACCAUCAAUGUCAAGUCAAAAAAUUCCAUCAUCAACUGAAAAAAUAACAAAGCACGAAAAAAUGUACCCAGAAAUGACAGCAAUUCGCAUUGGACUGUCUCCCGAUCGCCGCGAUACCUUCAAAAAAAAUAUGGACUCGCUCGCGCAGAAAUUUUCCGGCGAGAUCGUGAUCAUCGAGUCGUCACCGUCUCUGACUAUGAGCUCACAGCAAAGACGCGCCAUGGGAAAUCACACAAUGCCAGCUGGCGACGUCUUCAAAUGCACUCCAGUUUUUAUUCUCGGCGAGGAACAGCAGUGCAGUGACAGCGGAAGUGACACAGUGUCAGAAAUUUCCACUGACAGUUCUUCAGACCGGUCGAGUAUUUACUCCGAUGACUCACUCGAUUUUAUUUUGUACGGAAAGAGUCAGGGUCGCGCGAGUUUUCCCUUCGCUGGGACGGAAACCGACCGCUGGGACCGCCAUCACACCAGAGUUUGGCCCCGCGAGUGCAACGGAGUCGUCAGCAAAGCUCUCAGCAGAUUUACCACCGAUCCAUCGUCAUCUGGAUCGUCGGUUUCAAAUUCAAAGGCCAGAGUCCCGCCAUCAAGUCGCGCCAAGACUGGACUCGAAGCUCUCCGCGAACGCGGGGGCAAUUUGGUGGUCAUCAGAGAGCCAGUGCGCGCUGGGAGAUACACGAGAUACAGCGAAGUCCAGUGCGAGUCUGUCCAGGCGCGCAUCCGACGUUUUCAAGUACAAGGCGGAUCUUAAAUACGAAUUUAUUUAAAAUAUGUCAUAUAUAUUUGUAAAUAAAUUAUUGAUUAAUUAGUAAUUAAUAAGUGGAGCCUUUGUAAAUAAUUAUUGAAUGAGUUUUAAAUUCCUGCUGGUCGAGAAAUAUUUUUUUUUUUUUUUUGUGUAAAUAUUUAU